AAAGCGACGCCGACGCCGACGCCGGCGACUCGUCACGUCACACAGCAGCCGCGCGCCGUCGUCACAGCCCUGACCUGAUUGGUAAACGGCCGAGCACUGCUAGCAGAGAUGAGGGUCUUGUACUGCAGCUUGCUGGCGCUCAUGACGCUGACGUCUUGUGCCCGGGCGGUCGUCUUCACGAGGUGCGAGCUGUACCACGAGCUGCUGCAGAGGGACUUCCCCGAGGACCAGCUGCCGGACUGGGUGUGCCUGGUGGAGAACGAGAGUGCCCGCAACACGUCAGCGCUGAGUCCCAUCAACACCAAUGGCAGCCAGGACUUCGGACUUUUCCAGAUAAACAACCGCUAUUGGUGCGACAGUUGGAAUGGUACUGAAGGAUCCUGUCACGUCGCUUGCAAAGACCUGCUGGACGACGACAUCGACGACGACUGCGAGUGUGCGCACCUUAUCUUCUCGCGGCAGGGCUUCAACGCGUGGCACGGAUGGACCAAGCGCUGCAAGGACAAGCCGCUGCCAGACCUCUCACACUGCUGAGGCUCGCUGGCCGCGGCAAUCACCCAGCCAGCCACUGGGGGGAAUUACUACAAACCGGUCCCGUGCGGGACUGCGAGAAAAAAGUUAAAAAAAAAAAAAAAAAGGACGCGCACUUUCAUCGCGGCAGUCAGCGGCACGGC